AUGAUUUCUUCCCUUUCUAUGGGGAUUGCUUUACUCGAGCAAAUGAUUCACCAUAUGCUCUUUAUUUGUCAAGCAAUGCGUUCAUAUCUAUCGAUCUAUAUAUUUAUCUAUCUUUCUCAGACUGUUAAUAUAUAUCUAUCUCUCUAUCUAUCGCAGUCUGUUCAUAUCUAUCUAUCUAUCUAUCUAUCUAUCUAUCUAUCUAUCUAUCUAUCUAUGUCAUAUUUUUAUAUCUAUCUGUCUAUCUAUCUAUCUAUCUAUCUAUCUAUCUAUCUAUCUAUCGUAGUCCCUUCAUAUCUAUCUAUCUAUCUAUCUAUCUAUCUAUCUAUCUAUCGAUGUCUGUCUGCCCAUAUCUAUCUAUUUAUUUAUCUAUCGAAAUAUGUUAAUAUCUAUAUAUCCACACUCUCAUUCCACGUCUCUCUCACCUUCUCUUUUAUUUCUCCCUCUCUCUUGCUUCUGUUACAUCUUCUUCUAUUGCUCACCCUCCCUAUCUUUGUCCACUUUCCUUCCCUUUCUCUCCAAACGCAAACAUAUAAACAUCGCCGCAUUUUUUCUCUUCUUUCCCCGCGUGCGCCCGCACUAAAUAACCCAAUUUCUUUAUCAAAUUUCAUCUUGGCCGUUCCCCACUCUCUCUCUCUCUCUCUCUCUCUCUCUCUCUCUCUCAUAUCUUGGCUGUUUCUCUCUUCCUCUCUCUCUCUCUCUCUUUCUCAUCAUCUUGGCUAUUCCACUCUCUCUCUCUCUCUCUCUCUAUCAAUCUAUCUAUCUCUAUCACCUCGGCCGUUCCCCUCUUUCUCUCUGUCUCUCUCAUCUUGUCCAUUUCUCUCUCACUCUCACUCAUCUUGGCCGUUCCCCUUCUCUAUCUCUCUCAUCCUGGCCUUCCCCCCUCUCUCUCUCUCUCUCUCUCUCUCUCUCUCUCGCUGUCUUAGCUUAGCCGUUCCUCUCUCUCUUUCUCAUCUUGGCCAUCCCCUCUCUCUCUCUUUCUCUCUCUCUACGUCUUUUUCUCUCUCAUCUUGGCCGUUCCCCCCCUCUCUCUCGCAGCUUGGCUGUUUCUCUCUCUCUCUCUUUCUCUCUCUCUCUCUUUCAUUUUCUAACUUUAUACUUCGCACUUCUUCCUUUACCUCUUCUUUUUAUGGCAAUCUGCUUUUCCUUCGUCUCCUUCUUUUUGUCACUUUAUACUCUUCUUUCAUUUUUGUUUUUAUUUCUUCUUCUUCUUCUUCUCAAUUUCAGACCCUCAUUUCAUUUUCUGAACUCCCCUUCUCCCUUCUCCCUUCUCCCUUCUCUUCCUUACUCUAUAUUAUUUUUUUUCUUCUCCUUCUUUUUUCUUCCACUUCUUUUCUUCUUGUUACCUCAGCCUCUUACAUUGUUUCUCGUCUCUUCUUCUUCUUCUUCUUCUUCUUCUUCUUCUUCUUCUUCCUAAUCCUUACUUUAUUUUCUGACCUUUUAAUUCUUUUUCUUAUUCUUCUUAGAGACUUCUUCCAUUCUCUGACUUUGUCCUUCAAUUUCUCCUUCUACAUUCCUUUCUACUUCUUUCACCUUAAACCUUUAUUCUAUAUUCGGAACACCUUUUUCUUCUUCUUCUUCUUCUUCUUCUUCGUCUUCUUCUUCUUCUUCUUCUUCUUCUUCUUCUUCUUCUUCUUCUUCUUCUUUGUCUUCACCUCUCCCUCCUCCUUCUUGUCACAUUAG